AUGAAACGAGGAAGGAAAACUACUGAGGCCAACAGCAGUUCAUCUGAAGAGACAACUGAGAAAGAAUCCAAGAGACACAAGGUCACAGACGAGAAAACCAUAGUUGUGCAGAGUCCAGACUGGGCGAACCUGCUUCAAGACAUUAUCCUACAGGUGUUCCAGUACUUGCCCCUUCUGGAUCGUGCUCAUGCAUCACAGGUCUGCCGAAGCUGGAACCAAGUGUUUCAUAUGCCUGAUCUCUGGAGAUGUUUUGAGUUUGAACUGAAUCAACCAGCUACAUCUUACUUGAGGGCUACACAUCCUGAACUAAUCAAGCAAAUAAUAAAGAGGCAUUCCAAUCACCUGCAGUAUGUAAGCUUCAAGGUGGACAGUAGCAAAGAAUCUGCAGAAGCGGCUUGUGAUAUUUUAUCACAGCUUGUGAAUUGCUCUCUGAAAACACUUGGGUUAAUUUCAACUGCACGGCCAAGCUUCAUGGAUUUACCAAAGUCUCACUUUAUCUCUGCACUGACAGUGGUGUUCGUAAACUCCAAAUCCCUCUCUUCACUUAAGAUUGACGAUACACCAGUAGAUGAUCCAUCUCUCAAAGUGCUAGUGGCUAACAACAGCGACACUCUCAAACUGCUCAAAAUGAGCAGUUGUCCUCAUGUUUCUCCAGCUGGUAUCCUUUGCGUGGCUGACCAGUGUCAUGGCUUACGUGAGCUGGCGCUGAAUUACCACCUGCUGAGCGAUGAGCUUCUGCUUGCUUUGUCUUCGGAAAAACACGUCAGGUUGGAACACUUGCGCAUUGAUGUUGUCAGUGAGAACCCCGGACAGACUCAGUUCCACACGAUUCAGAAGAGCAGCUGGGACGCUUUCAUCAAGCAUUCUCCUAAAGUAAAUUUAGUCAUGUACUUUUUCUUGUACGAAGAAGAGUUUGACCCGUUCUUUCGUUACGAAAUACCCGUCACUCACCUUUACUUUGGAAGAUCGGUAAGCAAAGACGUACUUGGCCGCGUUGGGAUGACUUGUCCUCGGUUGGUUGAACUGGUUGUGUGCGCCAACGGAUUACGGCCACUGGAUGAGGAGCUGAUCCGUAUUGCAGAACGUUGCAAGUAUCUGUCAGCCGUUGGCCUCGGAGAAUGUGAAGUCUCUUGCAGUGCCUUUGUUGAGUUUGUGAAGAUGUGUGGUGGUCGUCUCUCGCAGCUUUCCAUUAUGGAGGAAGUUUUGAUCCCUGAUCAGAAAUACAGUUUAGAGCAGAUUCACUGGGAAGUUUCAAAGCAUCUUGGUAGAGUCUGGUUCCCGGACAUGAUGCCCACAUGGUAA